GCGCCGCUCCCCCGCCCGCUGCCGCGAAGCCCGGCGGAGGCGGAUGCAAUUCCCCGGCUGCCCCUGGCUCCUCGGCGGGGCGGCGGGGCCCGGCCCGCAGCGCGCAGGCACCGACAGCGGCUCCAGUCCCGGCCCCGAUACCGGCCCCGGCGCGGCGGCGGGCGGCAGCGCGGUCCCGCUCCGCUCCGCGCUCUCCCCGCCGCGGCCCGGGCCCAGCUGCCGGGGCCCGGCCCAGCACCGCGGGGCCAUGGCCGAGUGGGCGCCCGCCCAGGUGCAGGAAUGGAACGUGGAAGCCCCCCACCUGAUGCCGCUGCAGCCGCCGCUGCUGCCAGAGCGGGCACACGUGCGAGAGGCGCAGCUCCACUCUGCUGAGGCCUCGCUCUGGACAGUGGUGGCCACGGUGCAGGCAAUGGAGAGGAAGAUUGACCUCCUCGCCACCCGCCUGCUCAGCCUGGAGGGUCGGUCUGGCACGGCUGAGAAGAAGCUCCUGGACUGUGAGAAGACAGCCAUGGAGUUUGGGAACCAGCUGGAGAGCAAGUGGGCUGUGCUGGGCACCCUCAUCCAGGAGUACGGGCUGCUCCAGCGGCGCCUGGAGAACGUGGAGAACCUCCUGAAGAACAGGAACUUCUGGGUGCUGCGGCUGCCCCCCGGCCCCCGGGGCGAGGUCCCCAAGGUGCCGGUGACGUUUGUUGACAUUGCUGUCUACUUCUCGGCGGAGGAGUGGAAGAAUUUGGAGGAGUGGCAGAAAGAGCUGUACAAUAACCUGGUGAAGGAGAACUAUGAGUCUUUGAUCUCCCUGGAUGGUGUCCUCUCCAGAAGUGAGGCGCAGCCCCGCAGCGAGCGCCCAGAGGGACCCUGCGUCCCUGAGCAGAGGGACCUGGAGCAGAGGGAGCUGCCGACGGAUACCUGUGCGGAGUCGCUGAUCUCCACCUCCGACAUCCUGUCCCGGAUCAAGCAGGAGGUGGCCUUCGUGGGGGAGCAGCAGUUCACAGAGGAGCGGGCGAUGCCGGCAGACCCCUGCGCAGGCGCAGAUGCCCUGAUCACUGCCCACGACUUCUUGUCGUGGAUCAAGCAGGAGGAAGAGCCCUGCGUCCGCGAGCCAUGGGAGCUGCCGGAGCGGGAGAUGCUGACAGGCCCUGGUCCUGCUGGCGAUGGGCUGCUGGUGAAGACAGAGGAGCGGUGCCCGCAUGCUGAGCCUCCUGAGGAGGUGGGAUUGCCAGGCAGCUCUGGGGAGCUGCUCUUCCCCAGCGCAGGCUUUGGGAACCCUGAGGGACAGGCAGCGGUGACACCAGCUCCAGCGGUGGCUCUGCCAGCACAGCACAGACUGGGCAAAGCUCCGGGCUCAGAGCCAGGGCCGGGAGCCGAGGCGGCGGGUCCCACCGCGACACCGGGACCUGCUGAGGAGCGGCCGCACGGCUGCACCGAGUGCGGGAAGAGCUUCAGCGGGAAGAAGAGCCUGCGGAUCCACCAGCGGAGCCAUGCGGCCGAGCGCCCAUACCCCUGUGCCGAGUGCGGCAAGAGCUUCAACUGCCACUCGGGGCUGGUGCGGCACCAGAUGAUCCACCGUGGCGAGCGGCCCUACAAGUGCACCGAGUGCGGCAAGUGCUACAGCCGCAAGGAGCACCUGCAGAACCACCAGCGCCUGCACACGGGCGAGCGGCCCUUUGCCUGCGCCGCCUGCGGCAAGAGCUUCAUCCGCAAGCAGAACCUGCUCAAGCACCAGCGCAUCCACACCGGAGAACGGCCCUACCAGUGCCCGGCCUGCGGACGCAGCUUCCGCUACAAGGAAUCCCUCAAGGAUCACCAACGGGUCCAUGGGGCUGAGGUGGGGGCCCCCCCACUGCCGCCCUCUGGCAUCAUGCCCCCCGGGGACGCAGAGCCACGGCCGCAGGCACAGGCCAGGUACACACGCACCCCCCUUACCACGCACGGGUGUAUCUGCACCUCCCUCCCCGGGCGCCAGCCACCCAUGCCCCUUUGUACCUUCCCCACACUCACGGUGGGGACCCGGGCGCCCUGCACACCUCCCGUGACCCAGGCAGGUCCCUCUCACAUCGUUCCCCACGCGCACGCCCCACUGUCCGUGGCCGGGCACCCGCCGCGUGGCCGGAGCCCCGCAGGCACAACCAUGUCCUUGGCGGGACGGCGUCCCUGCCCGUCCCUAGCUGUUGGUGAGGAAGAGCCGUCUGUGUCUGGAGGCAGAGCCACGCGGCCGGCCCCGACGCCGGCCCCGGCCCCGGUUCCCAAAAGGGCUUCGGCUGGGCACGGCGGUCUCUCCCCAGCUGGUGCUCCCGGCCUGUGGCUCAGGGAAGCUGGGCUCGGCUUUGGGCUGCUCGAGGAGCGGGCUGGGGUCCGGCCGGGGAUCGGCCGGCGGCGCCUGGCUCUGCCGGGCGCUGGCCCUCUCCUGGCGCAGGUAGCGCAGCUCGUCGCGGAUGUCCGUGAGGACACCCAGCAGGCGGAACUGGAGCUCGCGGUCGCGGGCCCUCUCCUCGCGCUGGGUGGCCCGCUCCUCCUGCCACAUGGCCAGCUCCUGGUGGUACAGCUGGUCCCACUGCUCCUCCAGGUCCAGCAGGUGAUGGAUGUUAGUCCUCCAGCUCUCCCGGCGGUCCUCCCGCAGGCGGGAGCAGCCCAAGCCGCGGGUCGGGCCAGGGGCAGCGGGAGCAUCCCCUGGGGGGGAGGCAGAGGAGGGCAGCGACUCCUCGGUCAGGGCGCCGUGCAGCGGGGAGCGGGCCGGGGGCUCCUCCUCUGCCGCCGCCUUCUCCCAGACAUGGGGGCCUCGGGCCCGGGCUGCAUCCCCACGGCCCCGCCGUGGCCUCUCUCCACCUCCCGGCCUUCCCGUUCCUCCUCCUCUGACAUGGAGGCGGCUUCAGACCCAUACAGGGCGCUGAAAUGCCGGACCACAUUCCAGACCAGCGUCUCAGUCUCGUCAUUGGAGAAGUUGGCCUUCCUCUUCCGGCCAGACGCUGGCAUCGCCUGCGAGGCUGCGGCAGAGGUGGAAGGGGCACAAUUGAACCUCGGUCCCCACUCCUCUCUGUCAGCUCCUGGGGGGAACAUGGGGCUGCGGGAGCCCGAGGGAGCCGCGGAGGAGGGAGCCGAAGCAAGAGCCCCCGAGGCAUCCAUGGCAGGGGAGGCUUGGGCCGGGGAGGAUCUAAAGAGCCGCUUCGACACACCACGCGGCAGGGGGGCACCUCAUCCCCUCGCCCCGGCUCGAGAGCACCUGGGAGGGGAGAAAAGGAAAGGGCAGCGGUGGGUGGUGGCAGCGCGGGGUGAUGGCGAGGGCCCCCAGCCCUCUCCAACCAGAGGCACCUGGGGGCCCCCAGCCAGCUACCACGGGGGCCACGGAGAGGGUCGUGGUCACGGCACGGGCCAUGGCAAGCACCUCAGCCACAGCAUGUGCUUUGGGGCCAUGGCAGGGCUGCACUGCUGCGAGCUCUCCACCGUCUUCACCAUCCGCUGCCCCCUCGUCCCCAUCUGCUGGCUCCCCAUCACGCUCCAGCUCCUUGUCCCUCAGUGUGCGGCGCUCCAGCUGCUCCUGGCUGAGCAAGCCGCGUGCUGGGGCCUCGGUACUGGCGUCGGGACUGAAGCCAGCAGCACGGAAGCAGCUGGCAAUGUGCCCAGGGUGCACAUCACCCCAUGCCUGUGCCAGCAUGUGCAGAACAUCCAGGAGGGUCGGCUGCCCCACACCACGCUCUGCUGGCAGCCACCUCAGCAACCGGCGCCGGUAGUGGCCCUUGAGGUCACUGGCAAUGCCGCGGUCCAGGGGCUGGACGAGGGUGGUGGCCGGCGGGAUGAAGACCAUCCUGACAUUGGAAAGCUGGAGGUAGGGGUGCGCCUCAUGCUUGCUGAGGAGGAGGAGGAUGCACUUCCCCUGCCGCCGCAUCCCCUCAUUGAACUCCCGCAGCCACUCAGCAAAGAGGGAGGCGGUCAUGCUGGCCAGGCUGCUGGCACGUGGCUUCUUGAAGGCGAGGUUGUUGCGCGUCCCGAAGCGAGCCAGCCUGCCACUGCUGGGCUCUGGGUCGGGCUGGCCCAGUGCCUCGGCAAGGUGUUUGGCCUUGAGCUGGAGGAGCGGGCGACUGACAGGCAGGUCAGUGGGUCACCGUUGCGGUGCCACUCGCUCAGGAUCCGCUCCUUGUUCUUGAUGAUGCGGCAGAUCUGGGGCUGUGACACCCCGAAGCGCUUGGCCAGCUCAUUCUGUGACACCUUGGGGCCCUCCAGCAUCUCUAGCACCCGUACCUUCUCUGUCAGUGACAGCUCCUUCCGCUCCUUCCGGGGUGCUGCCGUUGUCCCCUCUGCCGUCCCCGAGGAGCGGCCGGCACAGGGCGCUGGGCGGCAGGGGCCACCCGUGGCCCCCAGCCCCACUGCCGCCCUCUGCCGCCACCCACCAGGCCGGUGCUGCCGCCAACGUGCCGCCGGCCCCGCUCCCGGCCAGGCUAUGACCUGCAGCGCCAGGGCUGGUACCGGGCAGGACCCGCAAGCCUCACCCAGGGCGACGGGGCGCGCGGGGUCCUCCUUCAUGGCACCGGCACCGUCCCGGUCGGUCCUUGGGGAGACACGGCGGCUGCUCCCGGUGCUGCUCCUGGCAAGGUCUCCCCUGCGGGCGGGACAACAGCGGUUGCACGAUGCGCCGCACCGGGAUGACGGCGCAGGGCCGGCCAGCGCGGGCACGGGGAGCCGGCGGUGCCCGCGGGGCCGACGGGGGACGGGGCGCGGUCGCGGCCAGCGAGCCCCGGUGGGCCGCGGUACCACCGCUGGUGCCAUACCUGGGCCAGGCCCCGUCCCGUCCGGCCCCGCCCGGUGGGUCCCGGUGCAGCCCCGACCACGCCGCUCCCGCCCCGCGCGGCCCCGCUGCCAAAGGCGGGAGCGCGCUCCCCGGCACGCCCGAAACCCCGCCCUCCCGGCUCCGCUCUACUCUGCCAUUGGCCCGCCGUCCGCGGGUGCCUCGCGGAUUGGCCUCGCCACAGCCCAAUCAAUCAGCGCGGGGUCGGGGAUGCGGCUUUGGGCGCUCCGGUGCGCGGUCCCUCCCGUCUCUGGCGCCGGGCCCGCGCAGCCGCCCGCUCCGCUCCGCCUCGCCCCGUUCCGCCGCUGCCGCCCGCCGCCCCCCGCCGCCCUCCGCAGGGCCAUGGCCGACUGGGCCCCCGCUCAGGACCUGGAGUGGGACAUGGAGUCCCAGGAGCUGGCCCUGGAGCAGCCACUGCCCGCCCCGGAGCAGGGCCCUGCCGCCGAGACCGAGCUGCCGGCCGCUGAGAUCUCCCUAACGUUGGUCGCUGAGAUCCAGGCCGUGGACAGGAAGGUGGAUGCCCAGGCAGCGCAGCUGAUGAACCUGGAGGGGAGGAUGAGGAUGGCGGAAACCAAGCUGAUUGGUUGCGAGAAGACGGCAGUGGAGUUUGGGAACCAGCUGGAGAGCAAGUGGACAGCCCUGGGCACCCUCAUCCAGGAGUAUGGGCAGCUGCAGAAGAGGCUAGAGAAUAUGGAGAACCUGCUGAAGAACAGGAACUUCUGGAUCCUGCGGCUGCCCCCAGGGGCGAAGGGGGAGGUCCCCAAGGUCCCUGUGUCAUUCAACGAUGCUUCCUUUAACUUUUCUGAGGAGGAGUGGAAGAGCUUGAAUGAGUGGCAGAAGGAGCUUUACAGGCAUAUCAUGAAAGGCAACUACGAGGCCGUCAUUUCAAUGGAUGCGGCCAUUUCGAAGCCAGACCUUCUGUCACGGAUUGAGCAAGGAGAGGAUCCCAACGCGGAGGAUCAGGAUGACUCUGAGGGAGGAGAAACCCCUACAGACCCCAGCACUGAGUUUUCCUUUCCUGGUCCUGAUGACUGCUCAUGGAGUAAAUAUGAAGAGGCUCUGGCUGAAAGCCAUGAUGGCUCUGAAGAAGAAGAAGAAGAAAGCAUGGAAGUCCCUUGUACAUAUGAACAGCAGUGUGAUGAGGAAGGUUCCGAAAUCCUUGAGCUUCCUAGCUCCUUGGCAGGAAAGUGGGAAGAGGUUUUCUCAAGCCCAGAGGAGGAGAUAAAGCCAAGCAGCAAGAGCCGGAGUGGAUCAACCUCGCAGCAGAGAACAGGCAAUGGGCUGAGGCGCUCCUCUCGCCGCGGGAGAGACUUGGCCAAGAAGGAUGCUCCUGAGGAUGUGGCUGCAGUAGAAGGGCCAUACAUCUGCUGCGAGUGUGGGGAGAGCUUCCUGGACAAGCAACUGUUUGCCACCCAUCAGAAAGCGCACGCCAGUGAGGAAGCCUGCACUUCCCUUGAGCACGGAGAAGGCUUCAGGCAGAAAUCCAAAACAAAAGGCCAAGGGUCUUCCCGCUCCAAACAGUCCAAACGCUCCGAUGGGGAGAAGAGCUCUGGUUUCAAGUACGGUUUUGUCAGGCACCAGGUGAACAACAUGGUGGAGAGACCCUACACCUGCUCCCAGUGCAAGGAGAGCUUCAGCCUGGAAGUGAGCCUGAUCUUGCACCAGAAGCUCCAUACGGGGAAGGGCGACGGGCCGCUGACGUGCACCUACUGCGGGAAGGACUUCCGUGACCUCUCCAAAGCCAUCCGCCACCAGCGCAUCCACACAGGGGAGAGGCCGUACCAGUGCACCGAGUGUGGGAAGAGCUUCAUCCGGCGGGACCACCUGCUCAAGCACUGGCGGGUCCACACCGGGGAGACCCCCUACCAGUGCCCCGUCUGCGGGAAGCACUUCCGCUACAAAGAGUCUCUGAAUUGCCACCAGAAAAUCCAUUCCCGCAACCCCCGGCCCAUGGAGGAUUCCCAGCUCAGCCUGGAGUCGGGCACUCAGACCGGCCAUUUGUGUGUGAAAAAAGAAACUAAGCAGUAUUGCUGGUUCGUGGUCGUGUUUUGUAAUAACUUUUGUAAAGUCUGUCAAUACAGUGUUUCCAUUCUGAAGCUCGUGUCGGUCCCCCCGUUCCUCUCGCAGCCCCGCCCCGCACGCGGGACGCAUGGACCCGACCCCGGGGCACCCCCCACGUUCCCCCAGGCCCGUUCCCCGCGUCGCGGGGCCGAUGGCGGCGCCGGGCCGGGCCGGGCGGUUCUGGCAGGGGGGGCCCCGACGGUGCGCGGCGGCCCGCGCGCGGUGAUGCCGUCGAUGCGACAGGGGGCGCUGCGGUGGCGGCGGGCGCCCCGCUCCGCCCCGCCCGGCGCGGCCCCCGGCGCGGCCCGCGCGCGACGGCGGCGGCCCGCCCGCCCCCUGCCGGCUCGGCGGGGCAGCGGCGGGGCCGGAGCGCCCAGCGCGGAGCGGCGGAGCCGGGACCCGGAGCCGCUGCUCGGUCUCACGUCGCCGCCCCUUCGGCCCCCCCACCUCCGCCCCCCGCCUUCCCCGGUCGGAACGAGCGAGCGGGCGCUGGAACCUCCCGGCCGCGGCCCCCGGGGCCCCGGGCAGGGAACAAAGGGCCAUGGCCGAGGGGCUCCCGCUCAGGCACCGGAGCCGGUGCAGCAGCCGCGCUAUUCCUCACCCCUCCGGCCGGUGGCUGGGCACGAGCGUACCUCGGAGCAGGAGACACAGACAGCUGAGCUGUCCUUGACGGUGGUGGCAGCAGUGCAGGCGGUGGAGAGGAAGGUGGACUCCCAUUCUACCCGCCUGCUCGACCUGGAGGGUCGGACGGGGAUGGCGGAGAAGAAGCUGAUAGACUGUGAGAAGACGGCGGCAGAACUAGGGAACCAGCUGGAGAGCAAGUGUGCGGCGCUGGGCACCCUCAUCCAGGAGUACGGGCUGCUCCAACGGCGCCUGGAGAACAUGGAGAACCUCCUGAAGAACAGGAAUUUCUGGAUCCUGCGGCUGCCCCCGGGCAGGAAGGGGGAAGUCCCCAAGGUGCCGGUGACGUUUGACGACGUGUCCGUCUAUUUCAAUGACAAGGAAUGGGAGAAGCUGGAGGAGUGGCAGAAGGAGCUGUACAAGAAUGUGAUGAAGGGGAACUAUGAGUCGCUGAUCUCCCUGGACUAUGCAAUUUCCAAACCCGGUGUCUUGUCUCAGAUUGAGCAAGGAGAGGAAUCGCGCGUCAGGAACGAGCCAGACUUGGAGGAGAGUGAGAUCAUUACCGAUGCCACUGCAGCUGGUAUAAGGGUUGUGAUCAAAACAGAGGAGCUCCUUCCUGAAGACAGCCCUGAAAACCCCGAGCUGCACGGGAUGUCAGGGCAGUCGGAGGGGAGCUUACAGAGUCCGGAUGAGGAGGCAGCCUGCGAGAGCCCCUACGGCUCCGUCUCGCCUCCGAGGGACCUCCCGGGAACCAGCCUGGGUGACUCGUCUGAGUACGUAUCUGACUUCAAUGAGAUCCAGAGAGUCAUCGUUCACCAUGGGAGUUGCGCAGAGGAUGGGAUCGUGAUCAAGACGGAGGAAGAGGAGGAGGAGGAGGAGGACCCUGACACUCUGGAGCCAUGUGACAUGUUCUCAGGCAGGAGUGAGCCGCCAGCAUUCCCCAGCCACGAGGCCGGGCUGGGCUGCGAGGCGCAGUGCAGCUCCAAAACACAGCCCAGGAGCCUGGUGGCCACCCGUGUGAGGAAACCCCCAGCGUGCGAGAGGGACUCUGGAGACAUGAAGCCAGCCGUCGCCCAGCAGCGGAACCGGACGAGGGAGAGACCCUACAUCUGCCCCGAGUGCGGGAAGAGCUUCAUGCUCAAGAUCAACUUCAUGAUCCACCAGCGCAACCACCUCAAGGAAGGGCCCUACGAAUGCCACGAGUGCGACCUCAGCUUCCGCAACAAGCAGCAGUUCCUGCUGCACCAGCGCAGCCACACGCGCCGGGGCGUGGGGGUCCCCCGGCGCCCUGAGCAUGGUCUCAAGCCCCAGUCACGGCCCCCACCUCCGGGGAAGCCCUACAAGUGCUCUGAGUGCGAGAGCAGCUUCAGCCACAAGUCGAGCCUCAGCAAACACCAGAUCACACACGUCGGGGAGCGGCCCUUCACCUGCGGCGAGUGCCGGCGGAGCUUCCGCUUGCAGAUCAGCCUCAUCAUGCACCAGAGGAUCCACGCCGGCAAAAGUGAGAUGGCCUUCCUCUGUCCCCAGUGCGGGAAGAACUUCACCCGGCCCUCCCACCUCCUGCGGCACCAGCGGACUCACACCGGCGAGCGGCCCUACCAGUGCAGCCAGUGCGAGAAGACCUUCAGCGAGAAGUCCAAGCUCACCAACCAUUACCGCAUCCACACCCGGGAGCGCCCGCACGCCUGCGCCGUCUGCGGGAAGGGCUUCAUCCGCAAGCACCACCUCCUGGAGCACCAACGCAUCCACACGGGCGAACGGCCCUACCACUGCACCGAGUGCGGCAAGAACUUCACCCAGAAGCAUCACCUCCUGGAGCACCAGCGGGCGCACACCGGCGAGCGGCCCUACCCCUGCACCGAGUGCACCAAGUGCUUCCGCUACAAGCAGUCCCUCAAGUACCACCUGAGGACGCACAUGGGAGAGUGA